GCAGUGCUCCUCCUGUGAAAACUGUUGUACUUCAUGGAAAAAAGAUGAGAGGAGCAGUGGUGUUUGAGGGUUAAAGUGAUGCAAGCAAAGCGAAACUCAUACUCAUUUGAGGAAGUGGAGCUUCAACAAAAGGACGAGUGAUCUUCGGCGAAGGCUAGUUUUUGGUGACGGCACACAACGGCAGGACGGUCAUGGCUCUGAGAUCGUUGCUGAAUUGCUGCUGUUUGUGCCUGACCCUGUCCAUGCCGGCCCUGCUGCGGAGUGCCGUUGUGGAGCUCCACGGGGAAGUGGGAGCCGAGGUGAACUUCACCUGCCACUACAACACCAGCAGGGAAAUCAGCCUGCUCUACAUACAGACGGAGGCGGACAAGGUCGAGUUUGUUAACGGCUUCCACGAGAAGGACACGCGACCUUCCGAGAGGUUCGAGAACCGCACGAAAGUGGACGAGAGCAAGAAGUUUGUGAGGCUGUGGAACCUCCAGGUGAAGGACGAGGGGAACUACAAGUGCAUCGUCAAGUACAAGGGCAACCUGGAGGAGACCGUGAUCACGGACCACCGCCUCAAAGUAGCAGCUAGGUUCGGCGAACCACUCCUGGAGGCCAAGGUGGACGCAAGAGGCGCUUGCUUCCUCAAGUGCUCCUCCUCGGGGGGGUACCCGCACAAGGCCCCACUGUGGACUCUUCCGCUGGACGUGAACAGCACCGCGUGGCACGACGGCAACGAGAGCUUUGUGGUGCAAGACCCCGACACCCUGCUGUUCUCCGUCUACAGCGCCAUAGUGCUGAACGUCCGCCGUCCGCUCAACGUCAGCUGCUCUGUGGGCGGGGUCACUUCCCAGCAACAGGAAGUCUGCGGGAACGACCCCUCUCCGAAACCGCCUACCCCUGACAUCCUCAUCAUCGUCGCCUGCCUCUUCAUCGCCUUGCUGCUGCUAGCCGUGCUCUCCAUGCUCAUCGUGAGGAUGAUGAAGAUGUCGGGGAGAAGAACUGCAGUGCCACAGGACACAACGGAACCCAAAGAGCUGGACCUGCUCACCUGAUGCCGUGGAUCGCGGCGCUUAUUUCACAUUUAACACGGAGGACGCGGCCGUGCGGUCGAGACGCCUGGAUCGCGGACCGGGUUCCGUGCGCCUCCCGUCCGGCCCACCGACGGUUCGAGGACGCCGCGGCAUUUGACGGCACUUGAAUGUAAAUAAUCCGCUCCCCUUUCGAAAAGUCGCACUCGCGUCCUGCUCUGCUUCCGGCCUUUCGAACGCGUCGUCUUUUCCAAGAAACCCCAAACCAAAACUGUCGCCGUGGCGACGCGUACGGAUAACGGACGAGGAGAGACUGCGACGUGUCCGUGGAUUCCACUGGACACCCCCCCCCCCAGCACCGCUGACACCAAAGUCGUCGGCUCUGGAGAUCCUCAACCUCCCGACCAAGUCAUGAGAAUUUUUGCCACGUGACCACAGCUGUAACAUCUUGAUGUUUCUAUCCAUCUCGGAGCGUGUGGUGGUGGUGGGGGGGGUGUCUCCUGGAGACAGAGCACUGGAAGACGACUGACCAGGCCGGGGGGGUGAACAGUGUGUGUGUGUGUGCGUUCUCUAUAUACACGUGCAAUGGGUUUGUGCAAAACUGUGCGUCAUGCUGCUUUUCCGUGGUCCGUCGCGGUCCGAGGGGCCCGAGGAAGGGGGAAGCCGGAGCCGAAGCCCGGCGGUCGGACGGACGCUCAGGGUCCCACAGACGCUGCUGCGGGCACCGAAACGCCUCGAAUGUCAAAACUGUUCUCAAGAGCGAACGCAACCGCGUUCAACCGCGUUCAACCGCUCCCACGAUUGUUUCCUAUAGGAAACAUGGUCCUACUCUGGGGUUUCACUGCAAACCUUAAGAUUUAUUUCUUUGCUCAUUCUAGCUUUCUAGAGUUUACGAUUCAGAGUGGUUUUUAUUAAGUUACCGAAAUGUGUAUAUUUUUAAGAUUAGAACGUUGAAUAGUACAAAUGUGAUAUUUAUGGUAUUGUUCUCAGCACCCAGUUUGUGUUGCAAUAGUAGUUCUAAGAGACUUUCCCGUGGAUUUAAUGUGUAGUUCACCGUGAACAUGUGUUUUCUUUAAAUUUAAUAAAAUGUAAUCACC